AGGCGCGGUUCCGGCUCGGCGGCUGCGUUUGUUUACGUCGCUCCCCGUGUUUAGGGGCUGCCGCCUCCCGCUCCGGCUCCAAGAUGGGGAAGUCCUUCGCCAACUUCAUGUGCAAGAAAGACUUUCACCCUGCCUCCAAAUCUAAUAUCAAAAAAGUAUGGAUGGCAGAACAGAAAAUAUCAUAUGACAAGAAGAAACAAGAAGAGUUGAUGCAGCAGUAUCUUAAAGAACAAGAAUCGUAUGAUAAUAGGUUGCUUAUGGGAGAUGAACGUGUGAAGAAUGGCCUUAAUUUCAUGUAUGAGGCCCCACCUGGAGCUAGAAAAGAAAAUAAAGAGAAAGAAGAAACAGAAGGAGAGACAGAGUACAAGUUUGAAUGGCAGAAAGGAGCCCCCCGAGAAAAAUACGCCAAAGAUGACAUGAACAUCAGAGAUCAGCCAUUUGGUAUUCAGGUUCGAAAUGUGAGAUGCAUUAAAUGUCACAAAUGGGGUCAUGUCAACACAGACCGAGAGUGUCCUUUGUUUGGACUUUCUGGAAUCAAUGCAAGUUCAGUUCCUACUGAUGGCUCAGGGCCAUCGAUGCACCCCUCGGAGCUAAUAGCGGAGAUGAGAAACAGUGGGUUCGCACUGAAACGAAAUGUACUGGGGAGAAACUUGACCGUAAAUGAUCCAUCACAGGAGUACGUUGCAAGUGAGGGCGAAGAAGAUCCAGAAGUUGAAUUUUUGAAAUCCCUAACAACCAAACAAAAACAGAAACUUCUUCGGAAAUUGGAUCGACUUGAGAAGAAAAAAAAGAAAAAGACAAAAGAUAGAAAAAAGAAGAAGAUUCAGAAGAGCAGAAAUAAACACAAAAAACAUAAAAACAAGUCCUCCUCCUCUUCCUCCUCCUCCUCCUCUUCCUCCACUGAGACGUCGGAAAGCAGUACUGAGAGUGACAGUGACAGUAAAGGUAAGAAAAAAGAAAAGAAGAAAAGGAAGAAAAGCAAAUAUUCAAGGAAUAAAAAUGAUUCUGAAGAGAUAGAUAAAUCUAAGAAGCGGAAACUUUGUGAAGAACUUUCUAGCAGUCACAGCAAGGAAAAAGCCAAGGAAAAACCUGAGCUUUUAAAACAGGAACAUUCUGGAGAGAAUAGCAAACGGAGCCAUUGUGAUAGUGACACCAAGUCCAGAAGCCAUAAUCAUGGGCCAGAAAGAGGAUCUGAAAGACGUGAAGGGAGCAGCAGAGGCCAUAGCAGGGAUGAGAGGAGGAAGAGGAGCCGCAGCCCAAGCCCUGGUGGCUACAAGCAAAGGGAGACGGGAAGGCGGCCACAGUGCAGUCACCGGGAGGAGCGGAACGGAAGGAGUGAUGCCAGGAGCCACGGCACACAUAACCACAGAGAAGACGCACACAGGGAGCUCGCAGGGAUGCAGCGGCCAAGCAGGAGCGGGGAGUGAGGGAGUGCCUGUGGCAGUUAAGAAGGGCUAAUUUAUGUACUACAUGUUUCUAAUUAAAAAAAAGGUUUUAAUUUUCUAUCUCCGCAAAUUGUCGUUUCAAGUAUACAGCUAUAGGAGAACUAUAAGAAUGAACUUCCCAAAUAUUUAUAGUCAUGUAUUUCAGGGCUGUAAAACUAUUUUCUCUUUUGUAACUGUGUCUUGUGCCCUGUGCCAGAUGAAAAUCCUAUAUAACUGUGACAUUUCUUUGUUCUGAAAUAUCAUUAAAAGAAUGACAACA